CCGGCGGGGCGGCCGCGGACAUGUGCAGGAUGUCGUUAAAGGUGUAUAUGCACAAGAAAUGAAAACAUAUGUCAGGUGCUGGAGGCUGGGAAGUCCACAGUCAAGCUGCUGGCAAGUUCAGUGUCCGAAGGAAACCCCACUUGCCAACGCGGCGUUCUGGGCAGCGAGGAGGGGCAACUUGGCUCUGCUCCGGCUGCUGCUGAACAGUGGCCGAGUGGACGUGGACUGCAGGGACAGUCACGGCACAACGCUCCUCAUGGUCGCCUCCUAUGCUGGCCACAUAGGCUGUGUGAGGGAGCUCAUCCUGCAGGGAGCUGACGUCAAUCUCCAGAGAGAGUCAGGUACAACUGCCCUGUUCUUUGCUGCUCAACAAGGACAUAAUGAUGUUGUGAGAUUUCUCUUUGAAUUUGGAGCAUCCACUGAAUUUAGGACCAAAGAUGGGGGCACUGCCCUGCUGGCCGCCAGUCAGUAUGGGCACAUGAAGGUGGUGGAGACCUUGCUGAAGCACGGAGCCAACAUCCACGACCAACUUUAUGAUGGAGCCACCGCACUCUUCCUAGCUGCCCAAGGUGGUUAUUUGGAUGUGAUUCGAUUACUGUUGUCCUCAGGAGCGAAAGUCAACCAGCCCAGGCAGGAUGGCACGGCGCCGCUGUGGAUCGCGUCGCAGAUGGGCCACAGCGAGGUGGUACGGGUGAUGCUGCUGCGCGGAGCCGACCGCGACGCCGCCCGCCACGAUGGUACAACAGCAUUACUGAAAGCAGCCAACAAAGGGUAUAAUGAUGUUAUAAAAGAGUUGCUGAAAUUCUCACCCACCCUCGGUAUUUUGAAGAACGGGACCUCGGCACUCCACGUGGCCGUGCUCAGCGGAAAUAUUAAGGCAGUCGCGCUGCUCCUGGAAGCAGGGGCAGACCCAGCCCUGAGAAACAAGGCCAAUGAACUUCCGGCAGAACUAACCAAAAAUGAACGUAUAUUGCAUCUCCUCCGAAGUAAAGAAGGACACAGGAAGAGCUAACUUAGCUUCAUAUUCGACUGAAAGAUAGAAACCUUAAUCAUAUUGUCCAAAAAGAAAUUGCUUUUCAAAUAGUGUUGGAAAUUCCUAGAAGAAUGAGAACGCCCAGAAUGCCCAUGCUGCGUCCCUGACCAAGAAGAGCUGUGCUUUGUGCCCUGAGUCAAGAGCAGAGCAGCUCAGGGACCCCUUCCUCUCAUGUAGUGGGCUUCUCACACUGGCCUGUAGCCCCACUCCAGGGGGCCUGGCACGUUCGUGGAUUCCGCAGAAACUCGUUUUAAACUACAUCAACU